CUCUUACUCUCGCUCAUGGCCGCUCUUGGUCUCACGGCACCCUUGCCCGGGGGAGCGGGUUCUCCAGACGUGACCUUGGCCACAGAAUACCUCAAGCGCUACUACAGGCGGCGAGAUGAGCAGCCUCCGGAAUCCAUGUCCGUUGGGUCCAAGCUGAAAGACAUGCAGACGUUCUUCGGCCUCAAUGCAACAGGUGUGCUCGAUCGUCAGACUCUGCAAGUGAUGAAGAGUCCUCGCUGUGGCGUUCCAGAUCUGGAAGAGUACGGCGCUCACUUCCCCUCGACACAAUUGAACAAGACGGUCAUCACGUACAGGAUUGGCAGACACACCAGAGACAUGCCUCGCAGCUCCGUCCACUCCUUGCUUGCGUCGGCCUUCAGCGUUUGGGCCAGAGUCAGCGGUCUGACGUUUGUCCGCUCGGACAUCCGCGAGGCUGACAUCACGGUGGAGUUUCUCAGCCAUGAACACGGCGAUCUCUAUCCAUUCGACGGAUCCGGUGGUGAGUUGGCUCAUGCUUUCGGUCUGGGUCAGGGCGUCGGGGGCGACGUACACUUUGAUGAUGAUGAGCGUUGGACAGCAGGAGACGCAGACGGUUUGAAUCUUUUUGAGGUGGCUGCGCAUGAAUUUGGCCACGCUUUGGGCCUGAAGCACUCGAGGCACCCCUCCUCACUAAUGCACCCCAUUUACAAGGCCUUUCCAGCAGGAGCCAACUUACUCUCAAAAGAAGACGUCUCAACAAUCAACGCACUUUAUCAGCCAAACCUCCAUGCAAGUUACUCCUCCGAUUUGCCAUUUCCUGAACUGACACGAAACAGAUGUGCUCCUGAUGCGACAUUUGACGCCGUCUCCACACUCGGGGAUGCCACCAUCUUUUUCGCAGACAGGUAUCUAUGGAUUAAACACAAUAAAGUAUUGGGUAUCAAAGAAGGUCCCAUCACCAACUUCAUGCCUAAGAUAGAAAGCAGCAUUGACGCCGCCUUCUGGGUUCCUCGCAGAUCCACUGCUUACCUCAUUCAUGAGUCUAUGUUCUGGACGGUGAAAAGCUCAGUCUUGAAGGGAAAGCCCAGAGCUCUCAGCCAUUUUGGGUUUCCUGCCUGGGUGCAGGAUGUGGACGCUGCAGUGCACGUUGUCAAAACGGGACGCACCCUCUUCUUCAUGCAUGAUAUUUACUGGAGCUACAAUGAAAACAGAAAAGUGAUGGACUUUGGUUACCCAAAAUAUAUCAUUCAGGACUUUCCCGGACUCAACACCACAAUUAAUGCUGCCGUUUAUAAAGAUGGUUUCAUUUAUUUCUUUGUUGGACCACACGUCAUCAAGUACGACUUCACCCACAAACAUGUCGCUGGAGUCGACAAAACUAGUUUUGAACCGUCUAACGACAUGCAGAGCUCUGCUUUGUGGGCGCUGCUGCUCGCUGGGGUCUUGGCGACGAUUCAGGCUGCACCCACCGUCGCCCCAACGACAUCAGCAGACGACCAAGAUGUUGCUGAGGGGUAUCUGUUACAGUUUUAUGGCGAUGUGGGCACCAGGAACACCUCACGGAGAAGCCUCCUCAGGAGCAACUUUACCGAAGAUCUGGAAGCCAUGCAGUCUUUCUUCGGACUGGAGGUAACGGGGGUCUUGAAUAAAGAAACCGUUGAAGUCAUGAAGGCGCCUAGAUGUGGCGUGUCGGACAUCAGCCGUUACGGACACUUUGCUGGGAAACCCAAGUGGAACAAGAGGCUUAUCACCUACAGGAUCACUCAGUACACUCCAGAUCUAAGCCAGAGACAAGUGGACGAGACCAUCGCCCAAGCCUUCCAGCUCUACAGCGACGUCAUCCCGCUGGACUUCAAGCAGAUCACCAGAGACACUGCAGACAUCAUGAUUCUCUUCAAGGGGGGAUAUCACGGGGACUUCUAUCCUUUUGACGGAGCUGGGGGAGUCCUAGCUCACGCCAACUCUCCAGGACGGCAGCAGGGAGGGGACACCCACUUUGACGACGAUGAGAAAUGGAGUCUAACCCAAAGAGGUGUUAAUCUGCUGCUGGUGGCGGCCCACGAAUUUGGCCACGCUUUGGGUCUGGACCAUUCCAGGGACAGACGUGCGCUGAUGUUCCCUACUUAUCAGUUUGUCAACACAAACGGCUACAAGCUGCCAGACGACGACAGGCGAGGAGUUCAAGCCCUGUAUGGUAGCCGCACAACAACUCCAACGAAAGCUCCAAUACCAAACCCACCUCCUGAACCGGAGCCAGAGGAACCAACAGAAGACCCAACAGACCCUCUUCCAAACCCUCGUGACGAACAGUGCAGCAGGGAUCUGGUGUUUGACGCUGCCACGUCCAUCAGGGGAGACUUGUUCUUCUUCAAAAACGGAUACUACUGGAGGAAGAGUACCAUGUUAAAUGGGAUACGUUUUACGAAAGUGAGCACAAGAUGGUCAAGAAUCAACACAGUUGACGCUGCGUAUGAGGUACCAAACAAGGAUGUGGUUCAUCUCUUUGAAGGUAAUCAGUACUGGGGCAUCAGGGCCUUUGCAAAGUCUUUAAUAGCAGGUUAUCCGAAGCCUCUCACCAACCUGGGCUUGCCGUCCUCUGUCAGCAAGGUGGACGCAGCAGUCUACGUGACAGCUACUGGGAAAACAUUGAUUUUUGCAAACAGACAAUAUUGGAGCUAUGAUGAAGCCAGGAACCAAAUGGAUCCCGGAUAUCCACGAUCAAUUGCUCGAGACUUUCGUGGCGUGGGCUCCAAAGUGGAUGCGGUUUUCCAGAAUUACGGGUACCUUUAUUUCUCAGUCGGCCCAAAACAGAUGGAAUACUACCUGCCCUUUAGGACAGUGACGCGGCAUCGAAGGCCAGAUCCUUGCUGCACUGCUGGUCACGAGGGUUUCGAAGAACGUUUGCUGGGUCUUCUGUUGGUUCCUCUGGUUCGGGGUCAGCAGGCGAGUCUGGUUCCGGGGCUGUUGUUGGAUCUGCUGUACGGCUCCCUGGUGGAUUGCGAGAGGGGGUCAUCCCAGUCCCCAAUGGAGUCACUCAACACCUUUGAAUCUGAGAUGGAAGCUGAUGGACAGGGAAACUAUUCUCUAUUUCCAGCUCUCGACAUUGCUGGUCUGUCUGGGACUGCUGAUAGCCUGGAGAGUGAAGCUUCCGGUGAAAUUGCAGAGAAGCCAAACCUUACCUGGCUUGAUGCUGCUCAGAUUGUUUUGGAAGAAGCGGGACAUCCUUUGCACAUCAAGGAGAUCAAGCAGAGAAUCAUUGACAGGGGACUUGUUCAAUCCAAUGCAAAGUCCAGUCUGGAAGCCGUCAUGUAUCGUGAGUCCAAUGACGAGCAUCAGCAGGCACUCCAUGCCUUUUCAGCCAAGGCCUUCCUUGGCCCCACGCAGCAGAACCCCGCUUCAGGACAAAGCGGCGGUUCCGCCACCGCCAACCCCUUCCCAGCCUCUGAGAACAAGGUCAAGAUGAAGAGAGGAGCGCGGAAAAAGCUGAACGAAAAGUACCGGCUGAAGUAUCUUCGUCUGCGCAAGGCAGCGCGUGCCAUGAUAUUUGAAAAUGCAGCCUUGCAUGAUGAAGUUGCCCACAUAGAAGAGAAGUUUGUCAGAGCCAAAGAAGAGCGACAAUUUUUGCUGUUGCACUACCAGUCUUUGUCAGAUGUGGACUUCCUGCCCACACCCAGCUCAAGCACCCACCCAGCUGUACCCACUCCCCCGGUUAGUUCAGGUGCCAGUGGGGCUCCCGGCCUGUGCGGAACUCAUAACCUCAUGUCGGCGCUGUCAACCGGCGACGAAGGAUUUCCUAAAAAGCCCAAGAAGGAACGAAAAGAGCGAGUUCGAGAGAAUGGAAAAGAGGAGUUUCCUAGGAAAAUGACCAAAAAGAGAAAACUAGCGGAUGGCUCCAGGAAGUUUGUCCAACCUAUUGCGCUGGACUCCUGUGGUCGCCCCGUCUUUCCUAUCGUGCUUGGAGGCUUAACGGUCUACAGUUUGGGCGAGAUCAUCACGGACAGAAUGCUGUUCCAUGACGAAUGCGCCAUCUACCCAGUGGGCUUCUGCAGCACACGAGUCUUCGCCAGCAUGAAAAACCCCGAGCAGCAAUGCCUAUACACCUGUCAAAUCAAAGAUGGGAGAAGCGGACCACAGUUUGAAAUUGUGCCAGAAGACGACCCACAGAAUGCCAUCGUUGCCUCAUCUGCCCUGACAUGCCACUCCAACCUGCUCAAGGCCAUCGCUGCAGUCAGUUCCAAGUCUGUUGCUCCGAUUGUCCCUUCUGGAGCGGACUUCUUCGGCUUUUCUCAUCCCACCAUCCAGAACCUCAUCCAGAGUUGUCCUGGAGCACGCAAAUGCAACAACUACCGAUGGAUUCGUUUCGAGGUGUGUCGCCCGGGCGACGGCCAGGUUCCACACACGCUAUCGGAGGACGACCCCUCCGUCAAUUUUGAGGCAUAUCAGAGACACCGGUGCUUUAGUUUUGAGAAAGCGGAGCAAAUUACAGCACAGAUACUGCAGUGUUCUAGCUCCUCCCACCUGGCCCCGGCCUCUUUGAAGCCGUCUUCCUCCUCAUAUUUCAGCUCUUCUUAAGGUCAUAACCCCUUUCAAAAUGACUUCAAAUGCAAUGGAAUGACACAGCUCAAAAUAACAAUACAAUGUUAAGUUUUGUGGGUCUAAAUACCUCCAUAUUGUUUACAUAUAAUCAAUUAAAACAUACUCUUUUUUGUGUAUAUAUUGUGUAGAUGUUUGUGUUGUAAAGGCUUUUUAAAAAUAAAUUUAAAUAUAAAA